GUGGCCAAAGAACAAUUUUGUUCAGAGAUUUUUUGAGGCAGCACAGUGGGUGACGGUGGCGGCAGGAUUUAUCGAGGUUUUAUAAAUACGCUGACAAGCCGAAGACAUGGCUAUUUCCAAAAUUUAACGUUUAACCUAAGCUUGCCUUCAGAUCUUCGGAUAAAUGUACUGAAGAAAUUUUACAUGAUUUUUAAGUGAUUGUGUAAAUCUGUUCGUAAUUCAUCUGCAGAUAUGUCAAAUGCUUUGACAACACAUUAUUCAUUUUCGCCCUUCGCCUGCCCUGUUUCUGCUGGGAGGCACAGAAUUUCUGUUUACGUAAAAAACAAGCCACAAGAUGCUAAGUUUACCCUUAUCUUUGGCUUCCAUGUUUCUCGACUCGGAAGGCAUCGAGGCCUGUUUGUGGAUAGUAGUGCAAAUGCAAGUAGUACUUCAUAUUCAAUGGUGCUUGAGCGCUCGGCGCAAGUGGAUUUGCCUAUGCUUAAACCAGAAAGUUUUGGUUUUAGAGAGGAAGAGGAUCUUGAUAAGGAAUUUGCCAUUGCCACCACGACCCUGGUGGAGGAGGAGGAGGAUGGGAACUCAUCUGCCUGCAGUAGUAGUGGCAUUAGAGGAGGUCAAAUUGCCAUCAAGCAUCCAAUUUUUGGCAAGAGAGUAGGAGAAAUGAUAUAUGGAAAGUCAAAGGCAUUAUAUAAAUACCGUUUCCGGGAGAGAAAGGAGAAAGAGUUGGAAAGAAGGCAGUUGAAGAUAGAGACUGAGGCAUGGGCAGAGGCAGUGGAGGAGUACAGGGAACUUCUCACAGAGAUGUGCGCAAAUAAUUUGGCUCCAGAAUUGCCUUAUGUGAAGGCCCUUUUGCUGGGGUGGUUUGAGCCUCUGCGUGAUGCUAUUGCUUCUGAGCAGGAUUAUCAUCGAUCGAGGAAAUGCAAGAAGAUUUAUGGGAACGAGUUCUGCCAGCUGCCACCAGAUAUCAUGGCUGUUAUUACACUGCAUAAGAUGAUUGGGAUGUUGAUAACAGGCCAAGACGCUGCGUCUGUAAAGGUUGUUUUUGCCACAUUGCAAAUUGGCGAGGCUGUUGAGAAUGAGGUUAGGAUUCACAAUUUCUUAGAGAAGGCAAAGAAAAUUAAAAUAUCUAGAAGACAAAAAAAGGUAGAAGGAGAGGAACAGGAACCUUUAAUUAAGGAACAUGAAGUUGUUAGCAAGUAUGUAACAGAAUUGAUGGAAAAACGGAAAGGAUGGCAAGUGAGAAAGUUAAUAAGAGGAAUGGGUGGUUCAAAACCUUGGAGUCAGGAUGUGCAUGCCAGGGUUGGCAGUCGUUUGAUAGAGAUUCUACUACAAACAGCCUUUAUACAACUUCCUUCUGACCAAUCUGCAGAAGGGUUAGCUGAUAUCCGACCUGCAUUCAAACACUCAAUAAGGACAAGCAAAAUUGGGAAGACUGUUAGGACAUAUGGUGUUAUUGAAUGCAAUCCACUGGUGAAGAGGGGUCUGGACAGAACGGCCAGGAACAUUGUGAUGCCUUACAUGCCAAUGUUGGUUAAACCUCGUCCUUGGAAAGGGUAUGCAAAGGGAGGUUAUUUAUUCUUGCAUUCUCUUGUUAUGCGCACCCAUGGAGCAAAAGAACAACGAGAAGCAAUCUCAAGAGCUCCAACAAAUGAGAUAAAAAGUGUAUACAAGGCAUUGGAUAUUCUUGGUUCAACAAAAUGGAGAGUGAAUAAGAGAAUUCUUGACAUUGUGGAAGGGAUUUGGGCAGAAGGUGGUUGUCUUGCAGGCUUGGUUGACCGUGAUGAUGUGCCCCUACCUGAAAAACCAGAUACAGAAGAUGAAGUGGAAAUAAGACAUUGGAAACGGAAUUUAUACAAAGCAAGGAAGAUAAAUAAUGAGAGGCACUCUAUGCGUUGUGACGUUGAAAUAAAACUUGCUGUGGCAAGAAAAAUGAAGGAUGAGGAAGGUUUUUUUUAUCCACAUAAUUUGGAUUUUCGAGGCCGUGCUUAUCCAGUGCAUACACAUUUAAAUCAUCUAGGUUCAGACUUGUGCAGAGGAAUUCUUGAGUUUGCCGAGGGUCGACCAUUAGGCAAGAGAGGGCUAUUCUGGCUCAAGAUACAUUUGGCCAACCUAUAUGCGGCAGGUGGUGUAGAUAAAUUAUCUUAUGAUGGCCGAAUUGAAUUUGUUGAAGACAACAUCGAAAAUAUCAUUGAUUCUGCAGAGAGGCCACUUGAAGGGAAACGUUGGUGGUUGGGAGCGGAAGAUCCUUUUCAAUGUCUCUCAGUUUGCAUGAGUCUAAUGGCUGCACUGAAUAGCUCUUGUCCAGAGAGUUUUGUUUGCCAUACACCAGUUCAUCAGGAUGGUUCAUGCAAUGGCUUGCAACACUAUGCGGCCUUGGGAAGAGACAAGGUAGGAGCAGCAGCAGUUAACCUUAUUUAUAGUGAGAGGCCUGCAGAUGUCUAUACAGGUAUAGCCAAUAGGGUGGAUGAAAUCAUGAGAAAGGAUGCACUGGAAGAUCCUGAAACAAGCCAUAAUGCAGAGAAUGCCAGGCUAUUACUUGGGCAGGUUGACAGGAAAUUAGUUAAGCAAACUGUUAUGACUUCAGUUUAUGGAGUGACAUAUAUUGGAGCUCGUGAUCAAAUAAAAAGGAGGCUAAAAGAAAGGAGCUGCAUUGCAGAUGACCAAGCACUAUAUUAUGCAUCAUGCUAUGCUGCAAAAACAACUCUAUUUGCAUUGGGAGAAAUGUUUAAUUCUGCACGGGAUAUUAUGACUUGGUUGGCUGACUGUGCUAAGCUUAUUGCAGCUGAAAAUGAACCAGUAAGGUGGACUACACCACUUGGAUUACCAGUUGUGCAGCCUUACAAAAUACAUAAAACACAAUUGAUCAAGACAUCUCUUCAGGUUCUGAGCUUAAAGAAGGAAGGUGAUAAGGUCCUGAUGAAGCGGCAAAAAACUGCUUUCCCACCUAACUUUGUGCAUUCCCUUGAUGGAUCUCAUAUGAUGAUGACUGCCAUUGCCUGCAAAGAAGCAGGCCUCACUUUUGCAGGAGUUCACGACUCCUAUUGGACACAUGCGUGUGACGUGGACAAAAUGAGCCAGAUUCUCAGGGAAAAGUUUGUUGAACUGUACAGUAAACCAAUACUGGAAGAUCUGCUGGAAUAUUUUAAUGCAACCUUUCCACAAGUGAAGUUUCCCCCUUUACCAGAUCAAAGCGAUUUUGAUUUGAAAGAAGUCUUGAACUCUCCCUACUUUUUUAACUGAUUCAACGUUGCAGUUUGCUUGCGUUAGAUUUGUACUCCCAUCGACCAUAAUGGGGAUCAGCCUUGUAAUAUUAGUUUUCUUGGUCCUCCCUUGUCAUCACGCUUCCUUCUGUGGAGACAGUCAAAUACAAUUUCUUUAUUAGGGGCAUGACGUGGAAUAGCCGAUUAAUGGUUUGGCUGUGAGUUGAUUCUGAACAAUCAAGUUCUCUCUUGAGAAAUUUUGCUAUAUUCCUAGUUUAAUAUCCCGAGAAGGAAGAGUUGUAGAAGAAGGAUCAUUCAUUUCAUAAAAAUAUUCAUUAUUACCAAAUUCCUGGUGCUUGAACUUGUAUCUUGUAUGUAAAUUGCUUAAUAAAUAAUGCCAAUGAUCAUGAAUGUUGAUGGGGAUGUCGAUAUGGUUUAAAUCA